CUCUGACUUUAUAAAUGGUGUCCAGGGGCAGCCUGUCAGACACACACACAGGCACUGCUGUGUACUUGAAUCUCUUUCACAGGGACUGUUCUUAGUCAGAUCUCUUUCUAUUGAGAAAUUUACAUCAACAUGGGGAACACACACUGGCGUGCUGAGGACGCAGCCCACAUUGCCUCUAUUGCUCGAGACAUCUGCCCUUUUCCAAACUACAGCCCCAGUCCUCUUUUCACAGACAUGCUCUCCAUCAACUCAUCCUUUCACCUGAGGAGUCACUACACGGCAGUGCAGUCCUCCCUGACACCCAAGCAGCUGGAGGACUUCACCCAGAACCUGAGGACCACUUUUGGCAGGGAGGGCAAAGUCACUCUCGGUGGGGUGGGGGUAGUGGCCUUGUCCCUGGCUGUGCUGUUUGACACCCUUGCCAGACAGGCCAGAGGAGAGUGGGUGCCAGACUCAGGGCCUAUUCCUGGUUUAUUUGUCAAAGACCCAAGAGGCUACUACCCACCGUACAUCUACACGGCCAGUGAGUACCUGAGGCUGGUGCCCCACAUUGCAAACAACCCCACCAGGAUGAUGAAGGAGACAGAGAGGUACCUCUGGCGGUUAAAAGCUGAUGACCAAUCUUUGGACAAACUGGGAGAAAACCACACAUUACGGCUAAAUGAAGACAUCACAGCACUCAAUGUGAUUCUGGGACGCGCUUUUGCAUCCAGUUUGAAGCUUCACCUCUUCCGAUUCAAAAACAUCACAAAUGAUGAACUUCGUUUCAAUGAGAGAUUACCAGAUGAUAUGAUCUUUAAUCUGAACUGUGACCCAGAGGCUGCUGACAAAGAAUUUUUGGCUGAAGUGCAAAAAUCUGACAACCACACCCAAGAAGCUUUUAAAAGAUGCAAGCCAGACAGUGAUAUACCAACAACAUGGCUGCAACAUUUUGCCCAUCUAGUAUGGCUAGAUGCCAUCUACGUCCCCUUGUAUGGAAACAUACAUAAACAUGCUUCAUUGAUUGCACAAAGAGAAGAUUUUGACCUGAAGGUCGAUGCACUCAGAAAAUGGGUUGAGUAGUGUACUGCCCAAGACAGCUGAGAAGAAAAGGGGGUGGCUGUCAGCUGGGACACUUUUUCAUCAACACAAAAUAACCUUCCAUUACUUCAACAGUAAUAAAAGCAGGUCUCUAAAAAGA